UAGCAGCGCUCGUGUUGUUUUGUAUCUCGUUUGCCCUCGUGUUGGCUUGUAUUAUCAAGUUAAACUCUGUUUGGUCUCACUCCUCCAGUCCUGUCACGGUCUUGUGUCAGAUUGGCUCCUUUUUUGGCUUCUAUUAUUGUUUUUGGCUCCUUUAUUUACGUGAUAAACAAUCGACCAUCCCCUCUCUUCCAUCUUCCAUCUCUUUCUCUCUCUCACCCCCCUCCUCUCUCUCUCUCUCUCUUUCUCCAAGCAAGCUCUCAGCUCCCGACUCUAUUUAUAGCACGGUCCCGCCCCUCCCCUGUCGCUCGGCAGCUAUUUCCAGCAGCCUGAAGCAGCUCCAGUCUGUUUGUAAACUCCACGUCUCUACACCUCUGCUCUCCCGUUCGCCACGCACAGCGGGUGAAGCUGCAGAGAUUCGGCUUAAAACAAAUACAUAAAGCAAGCAACACAGUCACACUAAACAGAACAACGUCGGACGGUUCACUUUAAGCCCAUUCAUCAGGAGAGCAAGUUGUACUGUUCUGUAGCGAGGACUGGCUGGCUGUACAGAGAGACGAGGGGAAGGAAGGAACAGAGGGACUGGCAUGCAAAAGUCUCUCCUGUUCUGUCGCUUUUAUCUCGUCUUUCGAAGCUCUGUCGCAUUUCGUCAUGGGGAAGUCUCUCUUUUGGAGUCCGCCGAUACCACAUGCAUAACUUCAGAUGAUUGCAGGAUACAGGCACGCUCAGACGGGGGGACUUGGAUGCAAGCUGGACUUGUCGGUGUGAAUUAGCAGUUUGUUUCUGACAUAGAUGAUUAGACAAGAAGGUGAUGUGGUUUAUGAAUAGACUCAUUUGUAUGUCAUACAGCUGAUGGUUCUGAGUGGACAAUUUAAGGAUUUGUCUUCUGCGUUUCCUUCCACGGAAACCAGUUCUGCUUGCAUUUUUGAUUUGUUUGUUUUUUUUUUUUUUUUUAAACCAUGGAGCUAAUGGGCAAAGCGAUUGAUGAUUUGUUGCAUGCAUGUACCUUUUGAUAAAAAAGGACGCACUGCUUUUUUCCCCUCUUCCUUCAAAUGUGUUUGCAUUUUUCACUUUUUUGAUGGAGAGUGGGUUGCCAUCUCCUUUUUCAUGUUGAUUUUGCUUCAUUUUUGCAUUAAUUGUGUGGCAUUAUUUUGAGACUGGCAUGCUUUUGAAGCCAACCGUACCGGGACUGUGCGCGAUGUUGCAGACGAUCUAUGAGACAGAAUCCUGCUUCUCUUCAGACAGCACGUCCAGCAGAGAGCGACCCGUGGAGCUGCUUCCUCAAUCUAGAAGCACCAGCAUGCCUAGCACUGCCGUGGACGUGAAGACUUUGUUACCAUCUGGGAUGCAGAGCCCGGUGGGAGGCGGAGGAGAUCAGGGCGGAGGUAGCGGAGGCCCGGUGGACCUGCGUACAGACCCGCGUCUGAGCGCUCUGAGCACAGUGGACCCGGCGCUGAGAGAAAAACAGCUUCAGCACGAGCUGCUCUUACUCAAACAACAGCAAGAGCUCCAGAAACAGCUGCUGUUCGCAGAGUUCCAGAAGCAGCAUGAAGUUUUGACACGCCAACAUGAAGUGCAGCUACAGGAACAUCUUAAGCAACAGCAGGAGAUCCUUGCCGCAAAGCGUCAGCAGGAGCUGGAGCAGAAGAGGAAGUUGGAACAGCAGCGUCACGAAGAGAUGGAGAAGCAGAGAUUAGAACAACAGCUGAUCAUGCUACGGAACAAAGAGAAGGGCAAAGAGAGUGCCAUCGCCAGUACUGAGGUCAAACUGAAGCUGCAGGAGUUCCUGUUAAGCAAAAAGGAGCCCGGCCCCGGUGGUCUCAACCAUUCCUUCCCCCAGAAGUGCUGGGGGGCUCACCACACGUCCCUGGAGCAGAGCUCCCCUCCACAGAGCAACACACCGGGCACACCGCCCUCCUACAAACUUCCCCCGCUGUUAGGGUCCUAUGAGGGCAAGGAUGACUUCCCUCUCCGUAAGACCGCCUCUGAGCCCAAUCUGAAGGUACGUUCACGGUUAAAACAGAAGGUGGCUGAGAGGAGGAGCAGCCCACUGCUUAGACGGAAAGAUGGUACUGUGAUCAGCACCUUCAAGAAAAGGGCAAUUGAGAUCUCAGUGUCCUCUAUGUGCAGCAGUGCCCCUGGCUCGGGUCCCAGUUCUCCGAACAGCUCUAACUGUGCCAUUGCCGAGAACGGCUCCAGCGGAUCCGUCCCGAACAUCCACGCUGAGCAAUUGCGUUCUCUGCAUCAGUCUUUGACUGGAGAUGGGACACCAAGUCCCCUUACCCUUUACACAUCUCCAUCUCUGCCCAACAUCUCUCUGGGACUGCCUGCCAACGCACACAUCACGGCCCCCCAGAAACUCGGUGCCCAGCAGGAGGCAGAGCGGCAGACAAUCCAGAGUAUGCGUCAAGGUGGGGCACUGACAGGGAAGUUCAUCAGCACAUCGUCCCUGCCAGCGUGCCUUCCCACCGGGGCACCCCAUGACCCCGAGCCCCCUUCCGCCUCUAAUAGCCACAGUAGCCAUUCCUCGCUGCUCCAGCACGUCCUACUCUUGGAGCAGGCUCGUCAACAGAGUGCACUUCUCGCAGUUCCCAUGUAUGGACAGUCUCCGCUGGUAACGGGUGAGCGGGUGUCCAACAGCAUGCGUACAGUGAAUAAGUUGCCUAGGCACCGACCACUGAGCCGUACACAGUCAGCGCCCCUGCCGCAAACACCGCAGGCCCUGCAGCACCUCGUAAUGCAACAGCAGCACCAGCACUUCCUUGAGAAACAGAAACACUACCAACUAAAUAAGGUAGAGGAAGCUGUGAUGAUCCUCUCCAAAGGGGCGGAGCUUCCAAGACAGCCUCCCACUCACCCAGAGGAGACGGAGGAGGAGCUUACGGAAACCACAGAAAUGCAGGACGAGCGAGGGGAGGGGCCUGAUCAUGUAAGGGAGGGGCUACAGAAAGAUAGCUCCGGUGAGACCACACCCCCUUCGGAACGUCUGGUCCCGUUGAAGGGAGAAAGCACAGAAAGUGACUUGGAGGAAGAUGAUGAUGAAGAUGAAGCAAUUGAACUCAGAGAAUGUGAUGAAGAGGGCGCCCCCUAUGGCCAGUAUUUGGACCAGCAGCAUGUGCAGCAACUGAAUGUGUUCCAGGCCUCCCUGUCCAUCACGGGAAUGCCCCACAGACCCCUGGGAAGGGCACAGUCGUCCCCCGUCACUUCUAGUCUUAAAGCAGCACCCCUGAACGAGGUGCCCAUUAAGCAUCUCUUCACAACAGGGCUGGUGUACGACACCUUCAUGCUAAAGCACCAGUGCAUGUGUGGGAACACAAACAUCCAUCCCGAACACGCCGGUCGCAUUCAGAGCGUUUGGUCAAGGUUGCAGGAAACGGGCCUGCUUGGUCGCUGUGAGAGGAUCAGGGGAAGGAAGGCCACACUAGAUGAAAUCCAAACCGUUCAUUCUGAGUACCACACGCUGCUCUACGGCACCAGUCCCCUGAACCGACAGAAACUGGACAGCAAGAAACUUUUAGGCCCAAUAAGUCAGAAAAUGUACGCUGUCCUUCCGUGUGGAGGCAUUGGGGUGGACAGCGACACAGUGUGGAACGAGAUGCACUCGUCGGGUGCCGUCCGCAUGGCGGUGGGCUGCGUCAUAGAGCUGGCCUUUAAAGUUGCUGCUGGGGAGCUGAAGAACGGUUUUGCGGUGGUCCGUCCUCCUGGUCAUCAUGCUGAGGAAUCCACUGCCAUGGGUUUUUGUUUCUUCAACUCAGUGGCCAUCACUGCCAAACUCCUGCAGCAGAAACUAGGGGUGGGCAAGAUCCUAAUCAUAGACUGGGAUAUUCACCAUGGAAACGGGACCCAGCAGGCCUUCUAUAAUGACCCCAAUGUGCUGUACAUUUCCCUGCACCGUUAUGACGAUGGCAACUUUUUCCCAGGCAGUGGCGCUCCUGAGGAGGUGGGUGUGGGUCCAGGAGAGGGCUUUAACGUCAACAUUGCAUGGACAGGUGGAGUGGAGCCACCUAUGGGUGAUGUGGAGUAUCUGACUGCCUUCAGAACGGUGGUGAUGCCCAUAGCCAAUGAGUUCUCCCCGGAUGUGGUGCUAGUGUCAGCUGGCUUUGAUGCUGUGGAGGGCCACCAGUCCCCCCUCGGUGGAUACAACGUCACCGCCAAAUGUUUCGGCCAUCUCACUAAGCAGUUGAUGAAGUUGGCUGGCGGCCGUGUGGUUUUGGCACUGGAAGGAGGUCACGACCUUACCGCCAUCUGUGACGCAUCCGAAUCCUGCGUGGCUGCAUUGCUUGGAGACGAGUUGGAUCCUCUACCACUGACGGUGCUUCAACAGAAACCUUGUCCAAAAGCCACAGCCUCUCUAGAGAGGGUCAUUGAGAUUCAGAGUAAACACUGGACGUCUCUGCAGAGGUUGGCUCCUACAGUAGGUCAAUCUCUACUGGACGCUCAGAGACGAGAGAAGGACGAGGCAGACACUUUGACCGCCAUGGCCUCUCUCACUGUGGACAACGAUCAGCAAACAACUUCCACAGAAACCAGCAGAUCAGCAGAGGAGCCGAUGGAGGAGGAACCCGUGUUGUAGAAGAGCGAGUAAAGUUCAUCACUGCUCCAACCUUCUUGUCCACGCGUGCUUGGCACCGUUCACCCUGACGUCACGCCUCAUGAUCCUCCUCCCAGCUCUUUGAUUGGUUCCCUCGGUCCUUCACUCAUUUCCAGGUGCUUGACUGACACGUUCACAGCCCACCCACUUUCGCUUUUCUGAGGUAAAGCAUAGCAAACUGUUGCCGAAAGGAGGCGACAAAGGCAUAAUGGGUAAUUACAGGACCACUCAGUGAGGGUUGCACCGCUGGAUAGGCUGAACAGUGAAGUACUCUUCAGAGAAAGGCCUUUGAUUUCAAUUUAUCAUUGUUUUGGACUGAGGACGUAAAGAAGAAAAUGCAAAAACAAAAAAAAAAAGAAGAAGAGGAGGAGGAAGGGAAAAACGACACGACAGCACAUGGAUGUUGUUGCUCGGAGGGCCGCGAAAAAAGCUUUGUUUUCUGUACAAAGUAUAAGAAAUGUAUAAAGUUCCAAAAAAAGCCAACAAGCAGCAAAAAUACUUCAGCACAAAACACACAUAUACACUCAUUCACAAAUGAACGUGGUUCCCAACAGAGGAACCAGAUGUUCGGAUCGUGACAAAACACCUUUUGCUGACAAGUAUACUCGUUUACACUGUACCGUGUCGAUUAUUUGGUAUACUUGUUCAUCUGUAUAAUAACCUGUUAUGAAAAGCACACAAACAUAUGAGAAAUAUAAAUAUAUAUAAUAUAUAUAUAUAAAUAUACAUACAUAUAUAUAUAAACAUAUGUGUUUUGUGUGUGCCGUAUUCACAUUUGAACACAAAAAAUAUAUAUAAAUACUUUAUAUCCCCUUUAUGGAACAUUUUCUUAUCAGCUGUGGUUGUACAUACAGUAAAAGAGCCUGCAGACUUUUAUCCGGAAGUGGAAAAAUGAUGGUUAGCCUUUUUUCCCAGAAGCAUUUCUUUUCUCUAAGAAAAACAUACUUUUUUUGGAAUAUACGGCUUUGCUAUAACAUGCUCGCAACAUAAAUAACGGCAACCCAUCCAUUUUACGACAAAGAUGUAAAAUACGAAGAAAGGAUUUUCAAAGCGUCCAUCUCGACCUUCGUGGAGAACGAGGAAAGACGCGUUGUGGUUAUGUCUGAAGAAAGACUUUUUUUUCCAAGAACUUGGUGCCUUUUAUACUAAGGAAAACAUUUAAUAACACCAAUACUUAAUGAAUCGCAAAUCCUCAGACUUAACUUUCAUUGAUUUGUUUGUUUUUCAAAUUGCCUUAAUUUUUUCAAAGAAAACGAAUUUUAGCCAUGAACGACGGAGAGCACAAAACGAUUAUUAUCCUCCUUUUACCCCAGUUUCUUUCUGUUUCUCUUCUUUCCUUCUCAUUGUUUUCCUUUUUUUUUUUUUUUUAAAUGAUGUAAAUGUUGCGUUCUUGGUAAAAAGUUUUGAUACUUCUUUUUUUAUUUUAGUGUUGACGAAAGAACGAACGAAAGAAAUGAAAUGAUUGUUUUAUUUAUCAGUCCUGUGUCGUAGACUAGCACAUGACGUGAUUGUUUGGAAACACUGACCAACUUCCUGUUUGUUUUCUUCCUUUGUACAUGUAUUUGUUUGGCUCCCUUACACUCGUUUAUUUGAAACUUGUUUAAUUUGACUUUAUUUCCGAGAGAGUGUUAGCGGUGACCUUUUUUUAUUAAAACAUUUCCUUUUUUGUACAAAAAUGUAAACGAAAACAGAAACAAAAGAGUCUGUAUCAGUGUUAAUUUCGUCAUUUGAUUUGAAGUAUUCUCUGAUAAGGAAUGUACAGCGUGGUACAGAUAUUAUCGAUGAUGUUGAUUUAUGUCACUGUGCAGUGCAUUUGGCAUUGUCCUUUUUCAGGAUUUAAGGAUAUUUUUUUUCCGGCAAUAAGAGUGACUACCACUUUUUUUGUUUAACACUAAACUACUCUACAAACUUUUGGUUACAUUUUCAUCACCUUUUGAUAUAGCUUUUGUGCUAUGAAUAUGGUUCUUUUUCACCAGACUAAUUAGUAUUGUUCCUAACUGUUGACAGUCUGUCGUAUGCUGGUUAUUCUCUUGUGCACUUGUGGAUGAAAUGCAAUGGCUUGUUUAUGACCCUGAAAUAACGAUCCUUUAUUACAUUUUCACUGUGUGACAACCGCUUUUGGGGGCCAAAUUCGAUUUAAUCUUCUGCGUCUUUAAUGUCAACCUCUUCCUUUAGCAAUGUCACAGAAGUCAACGUCACCAACAUUUCUUGGUCUGAGAGGUGACAACGUGUCUAAUGGCAAGUACUUUCAAUGAGACUGAACCGGGCCUCAAGCAUCUUGCACUAAUACUACACUGUAGGUCCGAACCUAAUCACGUUUUUUACUUUCGGUUCUCAUACUCAAAUUACGAGGCAUUAAAAGCAAAGUGAAUUAUCUCAGCAAAUGCAUUUAAAUAGUGUGUGAACUCUCUCGUCAGCGUUUUUUCUUUGUGUAUGUUCAUUGGUUCACCGAUGAACUGUUGAUGUUGAAACGAAAAUGCGCAUUUCUUGACUCUGCUCUCAUUUGAUUUAUUUAUUUGGAGUCAGAAAUGACUGCUGAAAGUAAGUUGCAUUGCUUCUGGAUCAAUGUUUGUGUCAUUGUAAAUCUAUGAGAAAUUAAAUAUUGUCUCUUCUCUUUGACAGCCUCAUAUCCUCUGGGCAAUAACUUUAAAAAAAAAAAAAAAAUUCACAUCACAAAUGUGAUGCAAAUAACGGGCCAGUUUUUUUCUCAACAACAGUCCUCUAUGAAGAGCCAUGUUAGUUACGUCACCAUUUAACUGUUUUUGCUCUCUGUUGAAACACUAACGUCACCUUCAGCUGUUCAUUCUGUCUCUAACCGUAGUUGUUAUCAUCAUGGUACCGAGCGCAUUGACUUGGUUUUUUGCGGUUACAGAGAAACACUUAAGGCUGACACCAGCCUCUGUACUUAGAUACUGUAAUAUACACUAAGAGAAUUUCCCUCUUCUAUGUGGCUGUUUGAAUCAGGAACUACUGUGAUCAGGUUUUGUAACGUUUGGAUGUAGAUCACCAGCCAUUUGUGCAUAGUUUUGUAUCUUCACACUAUAUGGUGUCAAACUGUUUAUUGACCGUGCAGUUGCUGGUGAAAGUUUUUUGUCCGCUCCUUUUUUUAGUUUUAAGGAUGAAUCAGCUGACGUGUUGGUCUCUGAGAAGUCCCUUUUUGAGACCUAAAUCUUCUGCUUAGGUGUGUUGGGUUGAGCAAUACAUAGAGAGGGGAAAUAAUCGAUCAGACGUAAUACAGUACAACGCUUGGUUUUCUUAAACUAGCCACUGAGGGAGGCUGUUCAUUUUUGAUGGAGGUUUACGCAAUGAUCUUUACACAAAGAAAACAACGUCAACGGCAUGAACAGGGCCUUACGAUGGACACCGGGAAACCUCUUUAUGUGUAAAAGACAUCGCCAUUCGCCAUGGAAGAUAGCUUUACUGUCUCUGCCACACAUUUUGCUAUUGGGUAAAUAUGUAUAUUUAUUGAUAAUUCAUAUGUUGUGUAUAUGUAGUGACCUAUGAUCGUCGAGGUUCAAAGAGUGCUUGUAUAUUUUUUGACUUUUUUGAAAGAGAGGUUGUGUCUCCUUCACUGUCCCUUCAUUUCUUUGCUGUUCUACAUCACUUGUUGUGAUUGGGUGUUUCAAUUUGUGAGAUCUUUUAACCUUACAUUUUUAACAUCCUUUCUCUCUAAUCUCUUCUCUCUCUUUCUUGUCUAUCUUCUGGUCAUAUUGAUAUGCAGAAGUUAUCUGAAAUUAUCAAAGCACAUUCCCUGUUUUAUUGUGUUCUUUCAAUGCUUUCAUGUUGCGACAAUACAAAGGUGUGUAUACUAACUGCUACACACGUGUAUAUAGGGUGCAUAUAUGUGUACACAUGUGCAAUACACGCUAUUUGAGCAAUCUAUUACUGUGACUAUUAAUCAUUAAAAAUUGCUGUCCCUUUGAA